GACUGUCGUUCAGUUAUGCCUUUUUGAACUUCAAAAACUUUAUGCUCGCAAGACAUGGAGCUUUCGAACAAAUUAAGAAACGUUAUUUUUAUUUCGCUUGUUAUAAUUUGUGUGGUCGACGUUUCAUCUUGUGCAAGGAGGUCCAAUUUGAAAAAAUCUGAUCGGCUCAGUCCACCCCUGGACAUCCAGCUGGAGACGGUGAACUGCACUUCCUUCAGGGUCCGGUGGAGGAUGCCCCGGCGGCAUGUCAGCACCAUCACAGGGUACAAGGUGUUCUACACGGAGGUGAGGAGCGGCCGGACGGCGAGCUCAGCGGUGACGUUGGAGGUUCCCCUCAGCCUGGAGAGUCUCACCACUGGACAGUUUGAUGGACAGGCGAGCUUUGACGUGGAGAUCGGGGGCCUCAGAGUGGGCGCUCUGUACCGCGUCAGCGUGGGGGCGUACGGGUGGGCAGGCCAGGGCCGGCCCAGCAUGCCCCGGGACAUCAGCACCGCCCCGCUCGAUAAGUGCGCGCCCCCGUCUCCCCCCACCCGCCCUGGGGUCAGGGUGGUCUCAGACACAGAGCUGGCGUUGUCAUGGCAAAACGGCGAAAGUGAGGGAAGUUCACCGAUCCUGCACUUCCUGGUGGCCUACAUCAGGCCAGAGCUGGAUACCGAGUGGACUUACAUCAGGGAGCCAAUCGAAACCAAUUCCAUGGUUCUGAAAGGUUUGAUUCCCGACACAGAGUACCAGUUUGUGGUUCGAGCCGUGAACACCCACGGAGCAAGCCCACCUAGUGCCAUCAACUACCCAGUCCGUACCCUGGGGGCCGAGGAGGUUGGCAGCGGGACCUACGGCCAGCGUUACAUCACAGGGUCCGAGACCUACGGCGAGGAUCUGGAUGACUCGGACUACGACGUCUACAUCGAGGAGCUCAAGCCCUUUCCCGGCGUCCCAGAGGACAGGAAGUCUCAGCUGAGGUCCCGGACGGGCACAGGGAACGUGAUAUAUAGGAGGACCACGCCCGCCCCCGACACCCCAGAGCCUACGCCUGCCACGGCCACGCCCUGGGCCUCCAGCACCGGCCCCGAGGCCUACGGUGUGACCGCAGCCCCCACUAUGCCCGCGGCCACCACGGAGCUCCCCACCGCCUCCUCCGUCCCUGCCUCCUCCGUCCCUGCCUCCUCUGUCCCUGCCUCCUCCGUCCCUGCCUCCUCUGUCCCUGCCUCCUCCAUCCCUGCCUCCUCCACCACCACCACACCUCCCACGCAAGGCCCUGCCCCCUCCCGGCCCAUGACCCGGUGGAAGGGGCCCGUUCCCCGCCUCUAUGACCUGCCGUGCGAGGACACGGUGUGCCCCCGUGACAGCUUCUGCGUCAACGACUACGACAGCGGAGGGUCGCGCUGCCACUGCAAUCUGGGCCGAGCAGGGGCCACCUGCUCCGAGGGUGUGACGGUGCAGUACCCUCAGUUUUAUGGCUAUUCCCACAUGACCUUUGAACCCCUGAAGAACUCCUACCAGACUUUUCAGAUCACCCUCGAGUUCAAGGCCGAGGCCGAGGACGGGCUUCUCCUGUACUGCGGGGAGAACGAACACGCCCGCGGCGACUACACCUCCCUGGCGCUCAUCCGCCGCAAGCUGCACUUCAGGUUUAACUGCGGCACAGGGGCGGCCCAGAUGGUGAGUGACAGCCGGGUGGUGCUGGGGCGGUGGCACACCGUCACGCUGUACAGGGACGGCACCAGCGGCUGGCUGAGGCUGGAUAACGACACGCCCGUAUCCGGCCGCUCUCAGGGCCAGUACACCAAGAUCACGUUCCGCACGCCCUUCUUCGUGGGAGGCGCCCCCAGCGUGUACUGGCUGGCGCGGGCCGCCGGGAUCAACCGGGGGUUCCACGGCUGCGUCCAAGCCGUCAACGUCAACGGCAAGGGCCUGGACAUGAGGCCGUGGCCCCGGGGCCACGCGCUGAGCGGGGCCGACAUCGGGGAGUGCAGCGAGAGCGUCUGUGGAGGGGUCACCUGUGCCCACGGCGGGACGUGCUACGCUAGCCGCGCGGACCGGUUCAUCUGCCUGUGCCCCCUCGGCUUCAGGGGCCCCCUCUGCGAAGAGCGUUUCGCGCUGACUCUGCCGAGCUUCAACGAGACGCUGCGCUCGUACACCAGCGCCCCCUGGCCGCAGUCCUCCAGGCACUACCUCUCCUUCAUGGAGUUUGAGAUGACCUUCCGGCCCACCUCGCCCGACGGCACGCUGCUCUACAGCGAGGACACGGGCAGCCGCGACUUCCUGGCCAUCACGCUGGCGGACCGGUACCUGGAGUUCUGCUUCGACUGUGGCUCUGGACCGGCUGUGAUCCGGAGCGAGGAGAGGGUCAGUGUGGGUGCCUGGCACGAACUGCGCGUCUCACGCACUGCCAAAAAUGGCAUCCUCCAGGUGGACAACCAGAGACCCAUGGAAGGCAUGGCAGAGGGGGCGUUCACUCAGAUAAAGUGCAACACUCCGCUGUACGUUGGCGGCGUCCCGAACUACGACGUCACCAAGAGCAGCGCUGGCAUCCUGCGACCCUUCAGCGGCGACAUUCAGAAGGUUCUGCUGAACGACCGCACCGUCCCGCUGACCGCGGGCUCGGCCGAGGGGGUGAAUUUGGAGAAUGCGGCGCACCCCUGCGUGGACCAGCCCUGCGCCAACGGCGGCACGUGCCGGCCCAAACGGGACGAGUACGAGUGUGACUGCCCGCUGGGGUACGACGGCAGGCACUGCCAGAAGGAGUGUGGAAAUUAUUGCUUAAACACUGUCACAGAGGCCAUUGAGAUUCCUCAGUUCAUUGGCCGCAGCUACCUCACCUAUGAUAACCGGGACAUCCUCAAAAGAGUCACCGGCUCCAGGACUAAUGUGUUCAUGCGCUUUAAGAGCACCGCACACGACGGUCUGCUCCUGUGGAGGGGGGACAGUCCCAUGAGACCCAACAGCGACUUCCUGUCUCUGGGGCUGCAGGACGGAGCACUCAUAUUUAGCUAUAACCUGGGGAGCGGUGUGGGCGCGGUCAUGGUGAACGGGACCUUCAGCGACGGCCGGUGGCACAGGGUCAAGGCCGUCAGGGAUGGCCAGUCCGGGAAGCUGACCGUGGAUGACUAUGGAGCCAAGACUGGCAGAUCGCCCGGGAAAAUGAGACAGCUCAACACCAAUGGAGUCUUGUAUGUCGGGGGAAUGAAGGAGAUUUCUCUGCACACAAACAGGCAGUACAUGCGGGGUCUGGUUGGCUGCAUCUCCCAUUUCACCCUGUCCACGGACUACCACCUCUCCCUGGUGGAGGAUGCAGCUGAUGGGAAAAACAUCAAUACAUGCAACAACUAAAAGCUGCAGCGUCCUUGUUUCCUGGGGGACAUAAUUUGUGGUGGGACCACGAACACGACGACAGAGAUAUUCUACAUGGAGGGGUCUCUGGCGAGGCCUGCUGUGCGUGAGCGGGAGUCAUGUGACCGGACUCAAUGCUGCUUCCUGCGAGAACAUCAAAGGGUGGCAUCUCCACUUCCUGAAGGACAUUAUCUUGGAAUAAUCCCAAAUAAUUCUAAUUGUAUUUAUUAUUAUUUUUUGUACGUCCUAAUCAGAUUAUUUAAACCUUCAAGGUUCAGUCAUUUAGGGCAUAUUUUAUGAGCCAACAGUCCUGUGAUUACGUUGUAGAUGAGGAAGUUGCCAGUGUGGUUUGACCCUUCAAGAAUGUCUCUGCUCUGAAGUCUCUCAUCUGAAGUCUCCCUCCUUGUCUGUCUCAUUGGGUUGGUCAAUAGUGAAAUCUUCCAUUUGUGAGGCUGUAGUACAUAAAUCAGGCUCUGCCCGAGGAUGUCCGCGGGCUGUGGUGGUAUUGGACUGUAAGCUGUCUGUAGGCUGCUGGUGAGGUGAACAUAGAUGGGGCAGAAAACUUCCUUUAAAGGUGCAACAGCUAAGAUUCUUCUUGUUAAAACAUUGUUGCAAGACCAUUGUAAAUCCCUUCCUAUCUCUGAAAAAGGCUCACUGACAUGUUGACUCACCCUCUGCCUGUGUUUACAGUCCUUAAAUUCGGGUUUCAAAAUAUACAGUUAAUGGACUGACAAUCUGUACCAAAACAUUGUACAGCUGUACAACAAUUCAAGCUCUUGAAAAUUGGUUCUAAUUGCCACAGCGAAUGGCCAGGAGGGAGGACGGGGUUCAACAUCAGCGCAUUCACAGAGAAAGGGGAGGGAUAAACAGUGUUGUGGGUGUUUGUUGCUGCAAUUGCUCUCUUGACGUUAGGACUCCGAAAUGACCAACUGUACCUUUAUACUGAUGAUUGGUCUCAACCUGUUUUCAGUCAUUUUUCUUUAUUAACAAGGUUAAUAUGUGUGCCAACGUUUUGAAUAAUUAAUUGAUACAAUCAACACAUCACAGAAAGGAGAUUAAAUGGUCAGUUUAAUCAGUUUCAAUCACUAAGUAGAAAAAAGUACACCACUAUGUACUGCUGCGCUAGCUAUUAGCACAUCCUGCAAUAAAGUAUAUCUAGUAAAUUUUAAAAUCUUGCGAAUCUUUGGCAUGAAUAUUCUCUGAGUGCAGAAAAUGAAGAGUACAUGUAUCCACAUUUUUAAAUAAUGUCUCUAAAACAUGCACAAUUUUAUGAUGCAAAUAGAAAGCAUUUUGUUACGUGUCUAAUAGCAAUAAUUGAGGAAAACGGGCAAUAUAAGAUGGAAUUGAGCAUUAUGUGAAUUAAUCGUUGUAUUGUUAAUAAAAAAAAAGAUUGAAAACAGGUUGAGACCGAUAAUAUUUUUAAGGGAACAUUUCCACCCCAUCCAUUUUGAGGUCAGCAGCCAACCAAGUAUUGAUAUGGUCUGCAGUUCUGUGUCCAGAUGUGUAAUACUCUGCAGAAACCCAAAACAUGUAUGCACCCGACAUUCUGAGCAUUAAUAAACUGACUGCUGUGUGGAGAAAGAUCUCCCAUCAAAAUUUGACAAAAUUUGUAAGAAUGUUGUCCAAAUAUAGCCAAACCUAUAACGUCUUUCUACUAGAGAAGUUAGGUCACAAGGAAAGUUUUUCAAAAAUGUAUUUUCAGUUGUUCAAGUAUUGAACUGGUUAAAGGCACUUUCACAUAAGAGUACACACACAGAGUCAUCUGAUGCUAAUACAAACUCUUAUAAUAUUGGAGGCAUUCGAUUGCUAGCCCUCCAGCAAGGAGUUUGAUUCAUAAACACAUUUUAUUUUGAAUGCAGUCUGACUAGGAGUAGCCUAGUAUGCGCUCAUCUUCAAGACAAUACAAACACUGAAAAAUCAAGAAUUGCAAAUGCUUGACAGUUACUUAAGGCUACAAUGUUUACAAAAAGCAACAUAUUCUACAAAUUUUGUUAGCA